GCAGAUGAUUGCUCGAAGGGCGGGGCUUACUUGUGCCUUUCCCAUGAACUGGUGACUUCGUACAAAUUGUUUGUUGUCGAUCAAGAUGGAGUUCCUUUUGGGAAAUCCAUACAGCACUCCGGUGGGACAUUGCAUUGAGAGAGCCACGGAUGGCUCCCUUCAGAGUGAGGACUGGACCCUCAAUAUGGAAAUAUGUGACAUCAUAAAUGAAACUGAGGAUGGGCCCAAGGAUGCUAUCAGGGCCAUGAAGAAGAGGCUGAACGGAAACAAGAACUACAGGGAGGUGAUGCUGGCACUGACCGUCCUGGAGACAUGUGUGAAGAACUGUGGGCAUCGUUUUCAUGCCCUCAUCACCAGCAGGGACUUCAUAGACGGUGUGCUUGUGAAAAUCAUCUCUCCCAAAAACAAUCCUCCCACUAUUGUGCAAGACAAAGUGCUCACCCUGAUCCAGGCGUGGGCUGAUGCGUUCAGGAGUAGUCCAGACCUGACGGGUGUGGUCCAGAUCUAUGAGGAGCUGAAGAGGAAGGGUAUAGAUUUCCCAAUGUCGGACCUGGAUGCCCUGUCUCCCAUCCACACUCCUCAGCAGCUGUUGACUGGCCCAGAGGAGAACCAAGCCACCGCCCCUCCCCUGGCCCAGCCUAUCCCCCAACCCCAACAGCAGCCUCCUCCCCAUGCUGUCUCCGCCCCAUCGUUUGCAUCGUCUGUUCCUCCCACCUACUCCGCCCCGCAGGUCCCCAACCUUGGCGCCUCUGGGUCUAUCAACCCUUCACCUGAACAGAUCUGCCGGUUGCGAAGUGAGCUGGACAUUGUGCGUGGCAACACAAAGGUGAUGUCAGAGAUGCUGACAGAGAUGGUUCCUGGACAGGAGGACCCCUCGGACCACAAGCUCCUGCAGGAGCUGAACCGGACAUGCCGGGCCAUGCAGCAGAGGAUAGUGGAGCUCAUCUCCUGUGUGUCUGACGAGGAGGUCACAGAGGAACUACUGCACGUCAACGACGACCUCAACAACAUCUUCCUACGCUACGACAGGUACGAGAGGUAUCGGUCAGGCAGAGCAUCUCAGGGUAUCAAUAAUGGGGUCCUCAGUGAGGCUACAGAGGACAACCUUAUAGACCUGGGCCCUGGUUCUCCUGCUGUCGUCAGCAACAUGGUCACUUCCACCGCCACGCCUCAGUACUUCACCGCCCCCACCGCACGUCCUUCCUCACCUGCCUCCCUCGCCUCUCGGCUGGCCGGCCUCGACGUGGAUGCCAGUGUGACCAGCACUCUGAGCUCUCUGCCCAGCUGUAAGCCUCAGGACGACUUUGACAUGUUCGCUCAGACCAGGACCGGAGCUCUGCCACUGACCACCGAGACACUCGUCACAGCUCCUCUAGAGGACCUUAAUGCUGUAGGUGGGAUUGAGCUGCCUCCUACUCUGGAAGUCAGGCAGCAGCCUGCAGGAGGGAUUCCCGUUGGCCAAUCCUCUGUCAUGGAUGACAUAGAGGAGUGGCUGUGUACUGACGUGCAAGGAGAGGAGGGCGAAGAGGGUGUGACCAGUGAAGAGUUUGACAAGUUUCUGGAGGAGCGGGCAAAGGCAGCAGAGAUGGUGCCCAGCCUCCCCUCACCCCCUAGUGGUGAUCCCGGUGCAACUACCGGUGCACCCAAGAAGAAGGCUGAAAGACCAGAGGACGCCCUGUUCACUUAGUACAGUGGUUUUCAAACCUCUCCUCGGGGACCCCCAGACAUUUCACAAUGUUGUAGCCCUGAACUAGCCCACUGAUUCACCUAGUCAAGGGCUUGAUGAUUUGUUGAGUCAGGUGUGCUAGCCAUGGAAUAGUUCAAACGCAUGGAAUGGCUGGGGGUCCCUGAGGAGAGGUUUGAAACCCCUCGCUUAGUAGACCUCUCUUAACCUUUUGACUUCUGACCUGACCAGCGCCUGGAGUCCCCAGACUGUUGUCUGUGACAAAUCCACUUUCUCAUCCUCCCACUCUGGAGCUGUCUACCAUCAGCUAAACGUCUGCUACCCAGUAACACAUAUUCAUGUUCUCAGGCAAUUUACUACACUGCGAAGGGAACCCCCACGCAUUGUAAUUAUUAUUUUUUGUUGUUGAAAGAAAGCAGCUUCAUUAGGAACAAGGUUGCAAUGUAUUCCCAUAAUCAACCGUCCCUAUCUAACAGUUGAUGGUUUGGGACUGUCUCCAGCUUCAGAAGGACUGUGGAGUAUCAACAGCCAUCUUUAUAAACCAGCAGCUCACUCUGUCCCGGGGCUGGUCUUCCUCUGAAGGGUAAUAUGAGACGUUCCCUACUUACAGUACUACCCAUAUUCUGCUCUGUUCUGACAGCAAGAAGCCAUCCCUAUCCAGUCGUCCCCUACUCUACUGCAUGUAUUAACAGAUCCAUCCACCCUUCAAUCCCUCCUCGGACUGAAAGGGAGUUAAAUGAAGUCCAGGGACAGUUAUUGUUAACCUUUUUUAUAGGUCAGAUGAGGGCAGGUAGUAUUGAAAUAUAUCAUGAGAUGUAUGAAUGGGGAAUAUUCUGGAUCAUUGUAUUGUUUUUACGAUGUGUUUAAUUCCAAGUCUAUUAUAUUGUCCAUUAUAGCCCCUGACUGGAUGUCUUACUUCAUCCAUUUAACUUUGUUUUUGAGUGUGUAGAUUUCUAGAAUAUUAGUUUGGAGAGAUUUAUUUUUGGGUUAUUCAUUUUCAUUUGAUGUUUUUUAGAGUAAGACAACAUUCAUUAAAUCAUUAAAUGCACUGCUAUGGUUGUUUAUUGAGGUGUUAUACAUUUUAUUUUAAUGAACAAAUAAGUAGUAUCUACCUGACAAUGAUUUUCUGUUCAUCCAUAUAUUGGGACAGGUACAAUGCUCCUGGGAAGCCAAAGACCAGAUGUUGUCGUGGAGCCCAAGCAUGAAUGCAUCACAUUCAUAGUGAAUAGAGUAGCUGAUAAUGCUGUAAGAGUCAGUCAGAAGUGAUAAUGUAUUAGUCAGUCUUAUGAGAACAAUAACUUUAGGUUUUAAAGUCUGUAAUGUGGUUUUCACUACAGAUAUGGAGGCAGACUGAAUAUUGUAUGUCUGGUGUUGAAUAAUAACUGAAUUAAUGGACUGAAGUUUUGUUUAGUGGAUGUUAAAAAAUAUAUAUAUAGAAGAGAUGGUUAUGAACACUAUGAAGGGGACAUUUGGUCUCUGAUUGGGGAGUCCAAUGUUAUAUUUUCACCUGAACUCUACCAUGUUCUUGUCUCUCGCUGGCUGUGCUGGCACAUCACUCAGAUGCUAGCUAGUUAGCUCAGUGGUCUCACCAGCUGAUCAGAAACAGUGUGACUGUGCUGAAAAGAGGGAUGGCCUGAGUGGGAGCCAGGCUCUCACCAUUUAGCGAAUGUGACAUUGAUGUUUUCAGAAACAACACUGCUAUACUGGUAAGAGCAAGAACAUGGAGUACUGAAAUCCAUCUUUAUUCUCUUUCUUGAUAGUACACGUGCCGUUUCAUACAAACACUUGACAGUCCUUCAUUACCUUAUUCUGCUGUUAUGUUAUUAUUAAAAGAUCUAGUUGAGUGAGUUGGUACGUUUAACAUAUCUGUAAUCAACGGCGAAUGUUGAAAUAUUGACAAGUGUAGGAAUAAUUUAUUUAGUAUUUUCUUCUGUUCUAUCAGUAUUUGAAAUAGUUUUAUUUUACAAGGCAGAAUGAAAUCAUGAACUGCUUUAUGAGACUGAUCAAGGUUUUUCAUGUGUGUUAAACAUGUUUUGUUGAUCGUUUAUGGACUUUUCCUACAUUUUUCCUACACAAUGAUUUAUGCUGAUUCAAUGUUAGAAAUUGUAUAAAUGUAUUCGGAUUAAUUUGCAACAACUUUAACGGUCACUAUUUAUGGCAAGUGUCCACUCGUUGGUUUGUAACUAAGAAAAUAACCCUAUUGAAUGUGUUUGUUUUUCCAUGGUUUGUUGAACAAGCAGUACAGUCAUGUUACUGUAUCUUCCCCUCAGAUAUAUAUAUAUAUAAAGACAAUCUCAUGGGACAGCCUAGCACAUGAUGAACCAACAUCAUAGGCGUCAGAAAAAUGACCUCGCUUCUGAAAGACACUUUAAAAGAAGUGUUGACAUUGCACAUUAUGAAAAGGUUUUCCGUCUCUUCUGUGAAUGGAAAUAUGGUGUGUGCAUGUAGAAGGGUUGCCCUGCUAUAAGCCUGUACAUCUCGUGUAUUGGAGGGGGAAGAAGUAUUGCUAUGUGUGCCAUCCAGUAUACAUAGUUUAAUAUAGCUUGAUAUUGAUCUAGCUUGCUCAGUGGAACUUUGAUUCUAUACUUUAUCUUGUAUAAUAAGGUGGUCACUUUGAAGCCUGCUCUUAGAAAGAACAAAUAAUGUUUAUAUGGUAAAAAAUAAAGGGUAUUUUAUAAGG